AUGGAUAGCAAGUUCAAAGUACACGAUCUAAUAGUCAAAGUUUAUGCACCAUAAACCACCAAUUCAGAAAGAAAAUAAGUUGAAGCAGAGCUAUAUGACUUAGAUCCUAUAAAGCUACAAGCUGGUGUAUACUACAUGAACUAUAUCAAGAAAAUGCUUAAGUCUAGAAUUAUUGAGAACUCUGAGCUCUAAUAUGUAUCUGAGAAUCUCAUUAGAUUAUUAACACUCAAGAAUGUGUAAAACUCCAUUAAGAUGCAGCUCCAGCUUGCCUUAGAAAAUGUCCUUAAUAUAGACACUGCAAGAGGGUCUUAAGGGAAGUAAUUGGUUUAGCAAUUCUUUAACGAGAUCUGCUUCAAUGCAUUCACCAAUCUGACAAUUGAAUCAACUCUUGACAUCAGCGGGCUAUUCAUGAUUAUUAGUGCUCUAUUCAAGACUUGUGGGAAUGAAUAAUUUAUCUUAUAGAUGUUCUAGAUGAUCCACUAGCAGAUGGGAAAACUUAUCAAUUAGAUUCUAAUAGCAACAAUUAAGAUAGUAAUGGAGUAGAAUUCGCUUAUUUAGUAGCAAUUAAUUAAUGAUCCUUCACAGUUACCACUCAUUUAGUAUCUGAAUAUUUCUGAAAAUCUCCAAAUAGUCAAAACAUGGGCAUUGAUUCAUGUUGAAAUGCUUCAAAAGUUCAAAAAGCUUAAGUUCAAAGCUGGCAUUAAGUUCAUCGCAGCAUCAGAUGAUUAUGCAAGAUAAUUUAAUUCAAUCCUCAAGUUUUAUGUGCCUCCAAUUAAUCUAACUCAGGAAAUCUUGCUUGAGACUGAAGGAUCUCUCGUUACUAAUAGUGGAGAUCAUAAUCUAGAUUUGAUAAUAAAUGAGACCAAGUUAAAAACCCUAUAGUGCUUGAAAAUCAUUUGGAAUUAUCUCAUUAAAAAGAAGCCAAAGAAUCUUUACUCUGCAAUAAAUCCAUAUGUCUAAUGUGCUUAGUAAAUGGUCCAUGUUCUUGCAAAUACACUAACCAGUUUAGCAGUGAAUCCUAAUCUUGAAUCAAUUCUAGAGAACGGUCACAUAAAUGGAAUGGUCAUUCAUGGAAUUGAUAUAAUUGCUUCCUUCUCAAAUGAGAGAGACUUCUAAUUCUUCUAUACUUAGAACUCUUUUAAAUUACUCAUUUAAGUUAUCCUGCCCUUGCUAAGAUUAUCUGAGAAGGAGAAAGAUGACAUUGAAAACAAUCCCAAAGAAUUCGUUAAUUACUCCAUUGAUAUAUGCUAAAAGCAAAAAUCCAAAACAUAUAAGACUUAGGCAGCAAAGCUUCUUGAGAGUAUCAUUGACCAUGUUGAUGGAAUGCUUACCUUCACUGUUAAUUUCUGCAUAGAAGUCAUUUAAAAUAUCAUGCAGGGAGGAGGCUAGACAGAUUAUAUUUAAUAGAUAAUUACUAAAUUCAGGCUUAAAUUUGAGAGUGAAGAGGAAUUUAUGGAGGUAUGUCUCUUGGCCUUGACUAUAAUAAGCUAUGCGUUGAUAAAGAGAUAAGAUCUGAUGAGAAAUCUUGAUCAAUUGGUUUUACAACAUUUGCAGACAUUUAUGUCUGACUAACAAUCACCUAUAAUCAAGAAUAGAUUCUGCUUAUUCCUGGCUUUCUAUCUGGAUCAACUUAUGCUUACCGUACCACAGACUACUUAAGAAAUAAAUUUUGAAAAGAUCCUGCAAUUCUUGAUUGGCUAACUUGGAAUUAAAGGCUAGAAGAUAGUUUCACUACAAGCACUUGAUACUUUAGUGACAUAGACAAGUGAAAGAGUAUUGACGCUCAAAAUAUAGCAAAACUUUGACUGGAUUAUUGAUACAUUAGCUAAUUAUAACAUCAAUCUGAUGCUGCAUGCUUAUUUUGACUUCCUUAGUGAUUUUAUUAAGGCCCACUACUCAAACUUCACUCAGGAUAAUCUUAUUACAUUUAUGCAAUCAUUAGUCAAUAGAAUACAAAAGGAACUUAUUCAGCAGGAAGAAAAAGCAGGGAAAAAGACAUUAAAUUUAAAGUCCAAAAAUCCAAUAAAGCAAGUCAGUACAAAAGCAAAUAUAAGGAUCAAUAAAUGCUGGAAUACAAUUAGAUUUAUAGCAGAGCAUCAAUACUUUAUACUUAAUUUUUUGCAAAUCAUUGAAGAUUCUCUGCUACCUCUAUUUGAGUAUUUGCUUAAGCCUUCUUUGAUUGACUUUGAUGAUGACAUCAUAUUCUGCCUUAGCUCUUUAAUGAAAAAGUCAAAGCAUGUAUCACCAGCUCUAAGAAAGAUAUUCCCUUACUUACCAUAAUUUCAAAGUAAAUACAAAGGUAUUUUUGGGCAUCUUUUAGAGGCAGUUAAUUAUUACAUUAUUUAUGGAAAAGAAUUCUUUGAAUAAGAUUAGUAAAAUUUGGGAUUGCUGUUUGAAAUGGCGCAAUAGAGUAUAUUUAAGAAAGAAAAGAGUAUGAUGCUUAGUAAUAAUUUAGAAGGAGUAAUGCUUUUGCAUAUGAUGCUAUAGAAUCUUGAUGGAGAUUUGAUAAAAUAAGCAAAAUGUGAUAUUCUUACAACUGUAAUGUCAAGACUUAACGACAAGCCUAUGUCUAAGACAUUUUAGAGAUCACUGCUUGAAGUUUUCCUCUCUUCAAUGUUGCAGGAUAUUGAAAUAACUCUAACUUAUCUUUAGUAAUAAGGAUUUAUUAGAACUUUCUUUACAAGUGUAUUUGAAUCCUGGAGGUAAAUGAGAUAACCUUAUGAAAGAAAAGUUCUAGCAUUGGCACUAAUCAAUCUACUAUUUAAUUCAAACAUGCCAUAAGAUAUCUAGGAUUAAUUUGGCUUCAUGCUUGGGGAACUUGUUAACAUCCUUAUUCAUCAACAGCGUUUGGAAUAAAAAGCUUUACUUAGGAAAAAGAAGAGUCUGGAAAGUGCUUUAGUGGAUAAUAUCCUGUCAGAUGAAGAAGAGGAGGAAAAGUUAAACAGUCAGGAUUAAGAGCUUAUGGAUGAUGGUGGCUCAAAACCAAUAUUUUCUGUGACCAAGAUUAGAAUUCCACUAACUUAGCAAAACACUAACAAUGGGUAGAGUGAUAUCGAGUUCAAAGCAGAAAUUGGAGACUAGGAGGAAGACUAUAUAAAUGAAUCAGAUUUUAAACAAGAAGAGUAUGACUUAUAAAUCAUGAUAAAUGUGAUGGUUACAAGAAUUAAUGACAUUGAUGAAUUCGAGUAGUUCAAUCAGUCAUUUAAGAGAGCAUAUAGUGCGAAUAGUUCUUUCCUCUCAGCAGCAAUUGAGACAUCUCUCAGCUAAAAAUAAAAAGAUAACCUUAACGCAUUAUUAAAAACUAGAAGAGUUGAGCUAUAAACUGUUCCCAGUGAUGAAAAUGAAAUGGUUGAUGAAUCCUCAUAAGGCAGUGCUGGAAUAAAAGUGCCAAGAAGAAUCGUAACUGUUAAAAGAAGACUGCAAGGCAAUUCAACUCCAUCAACACAAGAAUAAACUUCAUUUUUCAACAGUCAGCUACAAUGA